AUGGAGAGAGAUCUAAGGACUCUAAGAAGAUCGAAGGUUUGUAACGUUUAAAUACUUUACCAUCGUUAAACACUGAUAAAUAGAACAUAUGUAUUCAUUUGAAUUACAAACUUCGUGUUCUUGGAAUUCAUUCCGUCUGGUAACAUGGAUGCUCUUCUAUUCAACUGGAACUAUUUUGAUACGACAUGGCUGUGAUUUCACAAAUUCAUUCUCAGGAAUCGAUAACAAUUUCACUAAUUUCAAUUUAACUCGUCUAGUGAACUGUUAUCACCCUCGAGAUGUUGCGUAGGCGGUGAAAUUAACACUCGCCUAAUUUUGAACCAGUUUAUAAACUUGAGUGAUGUUGAUGUUUACAGAAGGUCAGACUCGCAAUAAAAAUUACCUGGUAUAUUCAUGGGAGUCAAUAGCUGUGUUGUCUGUGUUGACAACACAGGUGAACUCCACGGGAUCUUAACCGACCGCAAUUGCCCGCUGUUGACAAUCUUAUUUGAUUGAUUUGAGAAUGAGUGACUCGUCAAACACCUAACUCAACUUUCUGAUCGAAUUGCGAUAACGUUGUGUUUUAAUCAUAAGGAUUAAUCUCUUUUUGUAGCAAACCGAACGGGUUUAUGAGCGUGCAAGGAAAGCAGAAAAAGAUAUGAAUAUAAAGUUUGCAUUUGUUAAGUUGGAAACUUGUAUUGUACUUUUUAGUCCUAAUUAUCUACAGUUAAUGAGUCGGUGCGAGAUGAGAUCUGAUUUCAGUUCCUUUUCAACUUUUUCAUUUAUAUUGAAGUUUACUUAUUGUGCUGAAUUCAAUGUGCAUCUAUACUAUUCUUAAUAGACAAUUAUUUUAGUUGAAGUAAACAAUUUUCAGGCGGUGAUUAUAGGUAAUUACUCAAGAAGAAUUAGUUCUUCUUUGCUCUAAACCCUCCUACACACGUGUGUUGACUUUAAGAAGUGGUGAUCUGUUUAUGUCAGAAAAACCAGCUCUGUGAACUUUGACAUUAAGCAAUGUUUUGAGAGUAGGAUGUAAAACACUUGUUUGUUACUUUGUGUAUGUGUGAUAGAAGUGUUCAAGUUAUUGGAAAGGUACAAGUUGCAUCCCUUUUUGUGGAGCUUUAUAUGUUCUUUUUAAUCACCUUGACUGUUUGUUAAAAUUUCAGCUUAUGAACUAUUCAGAGUUUCGUGUAAUGACCACAGCUCUUGAAAAGUACUACAAAGAUGUAAAAAUUGCAAUUCUGACAGGAAAGAGAGAUGCUAAAGAUUUGGAUUUGAGGUAUACCUUUAGAUGUAAUGUGCCACCUUUAUAAAGCAUAUAUUUUGCCUCAUUUAGAAUAUUAUUGUCCGCUAUUACUUGGAGUUGGUAGAGGUCUAGUUAAAAAAACUAGAGGACACCAAUAAUUAUAUUCUUAGAUAUAUUUUAGGGUGUGGAAAGUUUACACCAUACAAUCAUUUAUUAAAUAUGGCUGGUGAAAAAAGGCUAGAAGAAAGAAGAAAAUUCCAGGCCCUAGUUUUGGUAUAUAAAUGUAUUCAUAAAGAAACUCUAAGGUAUAUAGAAUAAUUUUUUUUAAGAUUAAAAUCUGUAAUUAUAAUUUAAGAGGGUUGGGGACACUUUUAAUGCUACCCAAUUUCAAUCUAGAACAUAAGUCAUUCCAUUUUUGGCAGCAAAACUUUGGAAUUCAUUACCAAUGUAUGUUAGAAAUGUCAAGGAUAUUUUUACUUUUAAAUGUCUUUUAAAGAAGCAAGUUUUUAGUUUGAUUUAAGAAUGGUAACUUUAAACUAUUUCUUUCUUUUUAACGUUUUUCAUUCCAUGCAUGUUUUAAUGAGUUUUUAUCACUCCUAGAUAUAGAGUGGGUAAAUAAAGUAUUGUUACUGUUGUUAUUGUUGUUGUAUACAUACCUAUGAAUGGACAAUUUAUCCAAGCCAGUUAGUUUGUGUAAACUUAACUGAUAAUUUGUUCCAGGCAAACUAUUGUAAUUCUUGAAUGAAAUGAUUAAUGAAUACAAAUUAAAUUAAGUUUCAAAUCACCUCGCCCUGAAGUCCAUUUGAACUUACAACAUCUGCAUGAUAUUUUUGAUGUUACCUAAAUAUUCCCUUGCAGGCCCUAUUUAUAUGAUGAAGGAGAUCCAUAUGAUAAACCCUUUUAUGGAACGUUGUUGAAGAUGCUCUCUGAGGUGGCAACGUAAGUUUGAUGUGUUGGUACCCAUGAUAUUUGAUCUUAGAAGAGAGCUGUGUAGCUUGGUCGUAGAGCAUAAAUAUGGAUUUAUUAAAAUCAAAUGUGGUAGUGUCUCCAACUAGAAUCCCUUCUGCCCUCUUCUAACAACCUUUAUUCUGUAUAAUUUACAGUGUUCAUUUUUCUACAUGAAUUGAAACCUUGUCCUGAUUCAUUAUGUUGCACUGCCAGAAAAUGCAUUAAACCCUUGUGCUUUCCUACCCUCCUCAAAUUAAUUUCUGGGUUACAGAUUAUCAACAGGAAACUCUGAGUGAGAGAGUAUCCAGCUUUUUGAUACACAUAGAGCUGAAAUUGUGUCUUACCAUCACUUAGUGCUUGCUGUACAGGCUAGCUUUGGCUCAAGUACAGAUGAAGUACAUACAUACCCCAUAAACAGUGUUAAAACGGAAAAGUUUCUGGGUUCAUUGCUGUUUUUAACUGUUAAAACUUGUAGGUCAAAGUAUUUUGAGAAGCAACAUGAGGAUUUGUUGAAGAUUUACAAGUGGUACAAGGCAAACAAGAAGUUGAUUACAUCACCACCUGUAUGUUAAAAUCUUAUGCAUUUCUUUGACUUUUUUGUGGAAAAUGUUUUAUAUCAUAUGUUGAUAGAGAAUAAAAGCAGUUGCGCUCUAUCCCCUCUACUCCUUCACUAGUAUAUAUCAAUGUUAAUUAUGCUCUUUGUCAGACAACAGCAGAGGAGAGAUAAGUUUUUGGGAUAAGGUUGGCUCAAGGAGAGGAUAGAGGGACAAGUAUUGACUCCCAAUGUUGUGGUAGCUGUUUACAAGAAAUGGAAGGUUCAUGGAGUACAGGUCAUAUGUUCAGUUAUAGCUGAAUUUUUAUUGAAUUUUUUUGUCUUAAUUAAAACCAGAAAGUUCCAAUUCCAAACCCUGAGAAGAGUGACAGGAAUUCUGAUGGUCAGGACAGCUUGGAUGAAGAUGAUGAGGAGGAAGAACUGAAGGCACUCACCAAGAUUCCUAAACUACAUCUGAGACCAAAAACAGCACCUUCAGUUGAGAGCCGAAUGGGAGCUAGAUAUGUGACUUGGAAUGAGGCCCAACAGCAGAAAGGUCCUAAAAGACCUUCAUCAGGCUCAAAACUACUGAAACAUCAUAGGGACUUUGGGAGUAAGGUUAGGGAAAGAUUACUUUUGUCUGUCACUUUACAGAGUAUAGGUUAUAUUUCUGUGGGGCAGUAGCUAAGUUGUUGUCUUUAACCUUUUUCACAUAGCCCUGAGAUCUUGGUCUAAAGUGUUCAAGUUAUUGGCACAUUUAAAAAGUUAAAUGAUGUGUUAGAGCAGGAUGUUGACAGCAGAUAAUUAAAUUUUUAAGAAUUUGCAGGAUUCCCUUACAAGAAGCCUUCAUAUCAUUCCUUACGGACCACACCCAAGUGAUAGCUCUUAUUUAGAACAUGGUUAUGUGCCUGGUGGAUAUUUGUUAAGGCCCGGUACUGCACCACCCAUGCUCAGGAAUAAUAAGGUUUGUUAACUCUUUGGUCAGUCAAUACCAUAAAUGAGAUGAUAGCUCCAGGUAAAUUAAUUUCAUGUCUUGUUCAUGGUAGUUAUUACUGGAACAUUUAUAAUUCAUUAUAAAAAUUUUUUAAUUCUACUGGUACUUUAUGUUUUCUGACUGCACAUUGCCUGUUUGACAGGGCACCAAAUAGGUUAGGGUAAGAAAAGUUACAAAGUUAUUGGAAGUUAUUGUUUAGCUCUUCAUCAUAGUCUUUUUUCAAGUAAGAGUUACCCUUUGAUUGAAAAUAAGUGUAAAAUGAACAUCUAUGGUCAUUUUUUUAUUUGCAGACAAAGGUAAAUUCGGAUAUGCUCAAGUCAUUCAUCCUCAGACCAGCAAGCAGCAGUUCAGCCCCAUACUCUUCACCGAUGAUUUCACCCCUGUCUUCACCAAGGGACUCUCCUGUUCCUUCAAGGUGUGAGCUGUCUUCAAAUUAUGAAUUUCUAUUUUCUAGAAAUAUAUAGCUUAUUAUGACAAGGGGUCAAAUGUACAUUACCAAGUUGUUUCUUGUGCCAAUUGCCAAUUAUUUUCCCACUCAAGGUCAAUUUCUUUCCUUAUUGAAAUACCAUCCCUAGACACUUCACCUAUGUGUUUAUCUUAGUAGAACCAAGUCUCCUUUGACAGCACAUUACACUCCUGACAUUGUUAAAGAACCGUCCGUAAAAUUAGCUUCUGGUAUCGUGAGAGACAGAAGUAAUUAUCCAGCUAUAGAGGAGGCAGAAAUGAACAGUGAAGACAAGACGAACAGUAAUAACGAGAAGACUUCUCCUCCUGUUAAUUGUUCAGAAAAGGAUGUCAUACCGAAAAAUUCUACUCCCAUGCAAUUGGAAGAAAUUCUAGAACAUCAGAAAAAGGAGGAGAAAUUAUUAGAGGAGCAGCACGAGUUACUACAGAAAAAGCUCUUACAUGACUAUGAUAAUUACAUCAAAGACUUGGGUGCAGCCCAAGAGAAACAAGUUGAUUUAGAAAUUGUCAAUGGAGAUUUGAGUGUGAAGAAACGAUCUACACCACAAGAGGAAAGAAAAACUAUGAAACCCACUCCUGUUGGAACUUAUGACCUAUCUGAACCUGAAGUAAUACCUAGUUAUUCCAUUAUGUACUCUGGAUCAAGUACAGGUACGCUGGGAGGGGUAGGUGGGUUGGGGCUGUGAUGACUCAGCAUGUCUGUAGAGAGAGAAAACAGAAACAUUUCGUGCCACACAAGGCUAGAGGGGCUUGAGUUUAGUGUCUGCCUCAGAUUUUGGGUUCUUCAGGUUUCUAGGAUUUUCACAGACGCGAAUUAGUUUGACCUCCCCCAAGGUGACCAUGUGACAUGUAUGGAAUUGCUAAGUGGAGAAAGAUUUAUCUCAAAGUGGUUUCUUUUAUUCCUUCUGAUUACAUAACAUUCAACCAUGAAUAAUCUUGUUUAGCAGUUUUAGGUUGAAAUUAAUUUUCUUUUGGUUCCAUUAAAAAAGCACCCUGGGGAUGUUUUAAGUGACGUCAAAUAUUUAUUUUUUGACCGGACAAAACUUUAUUGAUAGGGACAACUGUUGUAAGCGCUUGCAUGUAAGUUGAAUUUCUUACGGUUUCUGUUCAUCUUCACUUUCGUAGCCAGUAACCAAAGUGGACAUACAUCAGAAAAUAGCCAUCAGUGGAGCAGUAGAAGUGCAGUCAGACAUCUCAGACAUGCUGCAGUACCUCCACACAACAAGUAUGCUCCUCAAAUUAAUUCUCUUUCUAAAUCUCCAAAGAAAGAACUUUGAAUCAGUUUUUUUUCUUCUAGAGCCACUCUGCUAAUGCUACCCAACUUCUCAGCAAACAUACCAAGUAUUCUAACAAAUUUUUUCUCUGUUACCUUUCAGCGCACAGGAAGUAAUCAAAGUAGAUGCAGUCCUUGGAAUGGUCACACCUAUAGGGAUGCAGAUGGAGUACGACCGGGAGAGGGUGAGUACAUUUGCCUUUCGGUGUUUUUGUCUUAUAAGUUGUGGAACUUAAUUCUUUUAUCCUUCAAAUGCACACGUUCAAUUGUAGGUGAAUGGCCAAAAAUUAUCAUCAUGUCCUCUGCAGCCAGCCAAAAUGGUUUCUGUGGAAGGUUCUACAAAAUCUUCUGCCCAUACCUCGGUUGAUGGAGACUUUUUGGCCGCUCCGGUCCCCAACGGUAAUAACCAUUCUAAAGUGGAGGACGGGCAUAAUAACCCUUCGCAAACCGCAUGUGAACAGGAGACAUUAUCUCCGGAGAAUUCGUUCACCUCAUUGGGGUGAGGUUUGUUCCUUUGUGUGUUAAAGUAUUGGUGAAAAUUUUAUGAAAAUUAUGGAUACACAUUUUACUCUUUUUACCGAGAAGGCGCAUGUUUUAUGGUGGCGAUUGCCUGUUCGAGCAGGUCAAUUGGUAAAACGGAAGGAAAUAGCGUAGUAACAUAGUCGGGUAAAAGUACGCGACCCGACCCAAACCGCUCUCUUUUUUUUAUUUACGGCAUGUGUUAAACACGACAGAAGAGUAAAAUGUCUCUUCAUUGGUAAAUAACAGUUUAGACCAGCCAAUCACAAGGCGGGCUGCGACAAUAGAACAUGUUCUGCGGACACAAUGUUAGUUUUACUUUGUUCGACGAAAUUAUCUCGAAAACGUAAAGGGGGUGCAAUAUUAGUGAUGUCCUGACAAUUGAUUUGGAGCGAAAGUGAUUUGAGAUAUCAGAUCAAUGAUAACGUUUCCUUUACAGAAUAAUCUUAAUUCGAUAACUGUAUAGAACAGCGAACCUCAGGAAUUUAGCGAAUGACACUUUGUUUACACAAGCAUAUGUAUGAAUUAAUUUUUUCAUUAGAAGACUUUUUCACGCUUUCCCAAGAUUCUAAUUAUCAAACCUAUCUUACUCCUAAGAUGGAAAACAUACCAGUAUCACUGAAUACUUUAUCUGUUUAUAAAUUGCCGUGGGUUGAGCCGUGUACAGUUCAUAAUAAGCGACCUGUAUCCUGUCCUUGUCAGAGAUUCGAUAUUUGUGAUACAUCGACCAGGUAAACUACGUGCUAGCUCGUUACGGUGUUUUUCCCAAUCGGAUUGUUUGGCAUGUGUGAUAUGUUUGCCGUGAUUUUUACAGCGUUACUCUACCGUCGUGGUCUUGUUCAACUGAAGCAAGGAAAGGUUUAUUUUUGCCGAGUAUUGCAAGCUCACAUUCCGAAAAACUCCAUCGUGAACUUCAGAGGUAAAGUGUUUGAUCGAAGGAUAGGCGCAGUUCAUUUUUUGUGUAUUGUUUGUGAAGCGACAUUCUAUGGGUUUGAACGAAAUAGCGUCUUACAUCUGUAUGUAAAAAAGCGAAAAAGUCGUUGGAGAUUAGAAACCCUGUGUGGUGGCAACCAAUUAUCGCCAGUGUUUUCAUGGACAUAACUACGUAAGUGCCCUGAACUCGAGUGUUUAGUGCAUGUUACAACUAACCAACAUUAAGGUCACAAAUAUUUCACAGUCAUAUUUAGCCAUUGUCUCUCAUCAGAGUAACUCAACUUUUAACAUUGUGUUCUGUCCAGUAACUCUGUGAAUUUCAUUUUCGUUGCAGUAGUAAGUAAAGGGUCGGCUCUUUCUUUGGUUUCGUCAGUUGCUGGCGCUCUACGCUAUAUUCCGAGGUUUUAUACAAUUAAACAGUUAACAGCUAGGUGAUUUUUGUAUCCAUUUGGAGGAAUGAUUCACCGCCCACAUGAAUCACAAUUUCAUUUCUGCGGGGUACUUAACAUGAACUUUCCAUUAUUGCCAUUUCACCAUGGUGCUUUUGCCUUUUAACAGACCGGCGUCGGACACAUCAGAUAACAGAUCCAUUGAACUCAAAUAUAAGGAACCGGAGCUGAUUCCCGAGAGGACCCCAAGAGAUUACACUGUACACUUCCCUCAGGAAAAGUCUCUAGAAUCAAUAACGAUAAAGAGCUACAGGACUUCAGGACCAGUCGUACCGGAUUCUAUCAGAUAUCAGUAAGUCUUACUGACAGCCUUUAUCACGGGAUCAAAAUCGAAAUUCUCUGAGGUGCUCUCAGUACCCAUAUGUUUCGUCUUUAAAGAGAAUGUGCAGUUGAUUAGCUUGUAUACAUUUUCCCCUUAUACUCGAUGGCUGGUUGGAUUAAAAUACUUGAACCUUUCUAGUCAAUUUUUGCGAGAGACACUUUUGUUGAACUGAUCAGGAAAUAGUUACCGGCUUGUGUGAUCUACAGUUUGAACUAUGCGUGAGUUUUUGCAUAUUCGAGGACAUAUAUUGUAUCGAAACAUUUAACUUUCGGCGGUGUUAGUUCAUGAAGUUCCAACAAUUUUUCAGGAUUUCGUAUAAACAUUUAUUAACAGUCUUCUUAAGGUCCAUUGUGCUCAAGUGCGGCACGAAAGUGAGAUUUACGUUGGAAAAUGGUACAGAUCUUUUAGUUAUUACCUGAGGCAGGAUGUUCGGAACAAAACACAAUAAACUUGUGAUCUUCUGACGCUUUCUUCUUUGUAGAUGGACCGAUGAUGGAUUUGGUAACAGAACAUACCUCAAGAAGCUUAAGUAAGCGCAAAUAUUCAACAACUACUAGUCACAACAGUAUCAUUUUUUCAUUCCAUGAUAUAGUUUGCUUAAUAACCCCUCGAUGACUCUGACUUGUUAUUCGGUAGGGGACCGACAUCUCCGCGCAGUUCGAGAAAGAAACUUCAACAGCCGACCAAUCAGGUGACAAUGCCCACCGGUAGCCGCUCAUUGGACAAACGAACUCUGGCCUCCCUUGUGGUAGUCAGACAUCUUGGUGACGCAGAUAGAAGAAACAUGUAAGAAUGUUUUACCCUCGAUGAUUUUUUUGUCUCACGAUGAUCUGAUAUUUUAACACCUUUUUUUACAUCCUUGCAGUGAUUGCAUAUCAGGGCCACAGGGAGGAAAGCUUAUUUUGGGUCCGGCGGGCACCGAAUCCGAUAACAUGGAUUACGCCUACAAUCUGGAGUACCUCUCUUUCUGUCAGCCUGUGGGCCCCAGGCUCGGUAAGUUAAGGGCUAAACCAAGAUCCUUUGAAUGCAUGAAUUUAUCCUUAGCACUUAAAAACUUUAACUGAGUUUUUAAUGCUGGGUCCUUCUAACAGGCGAAUGUGAAAACCCGUCAACAGUAAACUGGUAUUUACAAGGAGGACAUGGACUUUACCGCGAGACAUUUAAGAGCCAAGCGGGAAUUAGGUACGAGUAACAGCUCGUGUUUUAGCUGUGGAAUGGUAAUGCUAAACGCUUGUGUUCGUGAUCUCACUUACGUACAAUUCACUCACAUACGCACGUAACUUACGCAAAUAGUUGGUAUCGCAUCACCAGCGCGAUCAGGAGUACACGCUUCUUGAUUUUCUCAUAAUCACUAAUGCACAACCCCAGGCAUUUGAUUUUGUCAGCCUUUCAUUCAGUUUAUAUUCGAAAUAUUCAAAAUUGACUCCAGUUGCGAUCUAGGUGAUUUGGCAUGAUGCUUCUUCAACAUACUUCUCUGAGCCAAGGGGUUUCUCUGAAUAUAUUUUUGUCUCGUUAUUUUAGCGAUGAUCUGAAGUCUCGUCGUACUGAUGUACGAAUUCCUAAAGACAACUCCCUCAUGGUUAAAGGCCGACAUUUUGGUGCCGCAGAUGAACCCAAACAACAAGAAAAACCGACCUGGGAACCACAGGAGUUGUCAUCACCGUCCACUAUCAGCUUGGACAGCGGUCACAGCAGCGUUACCACGAAAAGUAAAGGUUCUAAAUUUACUUAAGACUUUGUUAUCCAUUCCUGAUAACAAAUUAGGGAUAUUUCGAUUAUUAAGCAAACAAUUACUGAAUACCCCAACCCCGUACCUUUUGUUCCCUCUAGACACAUUACGUCCCUCGUCACCAGCUCUUUCAUCUCCACAAGCCCGUUCGUCUUCACCGGCCUCGACUUCACGUAAGGUGAUCCCUAUCCCCACAGCCAGUCGCUCGUCCAGACCAUCCUCUGCCCGUAGCACGUGCAGUGCACAUGGUGCAAUAAACACUUCCAACUUUUCGGUGCGGGACUUUAAACACUUUUGUUGGGAUGAAGAGGUAAGUCUGCUAUCUAUGACAGUACCAUUGCAGAGUAACACUGUUCUUGCUUUUUUUUUUAUACCCUUAGAAAGCCAAUUUUGUUACGGUCAUGAUGUUUCAGCCAAUUCGAGAAAAAUGUUUCAGUGAUUGUGUGUCGUACAUCCUAGAAAGUCGUCUAAUCGAGAAUUGUGAUUGGUCCAAAUUGAGUCCAAUUCACUCUGUAAUCAGACCAGUGAUUAACAGAAUGGAAUGAUCGUGAAGCGGGAGUUUCAUUAUGAACAGUGCUGGACAAGGCAAAAUCCGGCCACUAAUUAGUCCAAACCAUAACAGAAUUACUGAAACAAAGUUCCCUUCUGUUUGACAAAUUCAUGAAAAUAACAAGAUAAUUUGGUUUUAUCAAGUUAGUUCAUAAUAUAAAAAGGUUUUAAAUUUGACGUGUCGAACGUUAGCUCUUCGCCAGAGUGAAACGUAAUAGUUAACUUUUAUCCACGAGAAAUGAACACAGAAGUUUACAUUGGAACGCGCGCAAAUGACGAAUAUUAUCUAAUUACAAUUGUAUGACGUAUAAGCUGUCUUACUGCACUGUCCAGUGACCUGUCCAGUGACAUUCAUGACGCAUGCGCUAUCCGCUUACUGGUCAAGUUAGGCCGUUACUAGCCAAUCACGUUCGAUAAUUUUUUUAUAGUUUUGAUUAACUGCGUUUUGUAAAUUUUUCAUUACAGUACUUGCUAAUGGACGACUACAUAAGGCAAAGAGAAGUCUGGGCCGCCGUUAAUAUUCAGCGGUCAGUGUUGCAUUAAAAGAGAUCUGAAACGUUAAUCUUUACACCUAAACUCCUUUCAUAUGUUUUAAUUCUUAAGAGGUGAUCUAUUUCUUUCUCCCAAGCAGCAAGUAUAUAACUUCAGCUAUAAGAGUUUCUAGCAGUUUUUGUAUUGUUUUUGUUUUGUUUGACUAUUCAACUAUUAUGACUUAGUGAAGUUGUGGCCUCCCUUAAAUUCUUCCCUCCGAUCCUGCGCCUUUUUUCCUUCAGUUUAGCCAUAUAAUUGAACUUCCUCAUUAUUAUAAAACAUUGCAUGUGUCUUUUCUCUAUGCCACAGGAUAUUCCGAGGUUUCAUAGGAAGACAGUAUGCAAAACAGCUGAGAGUAGCAGACAUUGAGAGGCAGAGAAAGGCAGCUGUUAUGCUACAAAGGUUGGUCAACAGAUUUGUGUGACGAUAACAGCAGCUACAUAUGAAGCAGUAACUCUUUAAAAUUUCUUUUGGAAACUUAUAUUUACCAAAACUUUUCAUAUAAAUUUACCGACGAGGAUUAGCUCAGAGUAAUUUCAUGUUUGAAAUAUUUUCUGAGAAAUGACAAACGAAGGAUCUCUGUCAUUCGUCAGCGAGUGUAAAUUCAUUCUUAGAAAGGAAAGGGGUGGUUGUAGUCACAAGUUAAAGAUGAACAUUCCCUCGUGUGAUAUAUGACGGUGUAUACCAGACAGGUUGGUGUUAACUUGUAAAUGUUUUAAAUUUGCAGUAACUUUCGCGGAUUUCUUGCCCGGAAAAAGGUAAUGGAGCAGAAAAUACAAGAAUAUAAACCAAGUUCACGUGACCUGGAAUGGGCUCGAAAGUACAAACAGGAUCUGAAAAAGAGGGAAGAGGCCAGAAAACAGAAGAAUCAACAUGCCAUGUUUAUGUGAGUCACACUUACUUUUGUAUCUUGUGUUUGGGUCAGGUUUAGGGUUAGAGUUAGCAGGUCGCCGCAUUCCGGCCUAGUUGUCCCACAAUACCUCUCUCUGCAGUAGGGAGCGUAUGUUAGCGACCGCUCGUCUACUAAUUAGGAUAACGUUACCCGACUCUGUUCCAGAGAACAACUCAGCUCACUUGGUAUAUUGUGCAUAUUAAUUAUUUUGCAGGCAAAACAGAGAAGCUGACAAGCAUGGGCAACAAAUAAAACAAGUGCAGGCUCAUCAACUUAUUUUUGAGUGAGUAAUGUUAUUUCUUUCUUUUCUAAUGAUUAUGUAUAGAGCCACACCCUGCCUUUCAGUGAGCGUGAUAAUAAACCAUGGAAGUUGAUUUUAACUGACUUUAUUAAGUUGUCUGUUGUUCUUUUUUCCAAGCGUGUUCCAUCCAACACCUGAGGGUCCAACUAAAGCCCAAAAGAAAGCUGCUGCUGUCACUAUUCAAAGGUUACGUAUCUUUGUGUUUCCCAUUUAGUUAGAAAGGUUAAGGAACUAUGUGUGUUCUCCUUUUGCUCCACCUUCAAACUACGUUUUUUUUUCAUUGCGAUACUUUGCUUGCCGUCUUUAGGUAUUUCAGAGGCUGGUUUGUUCGUCGAAUGCUUGAAAAAUCAAAAGCAAAGGUAAUUAUAAGUAAAAACGUUACCAAAUGGUUUUUAUUCGUGAUUUCUUUUUCAGGGUGGAAACCUCUUAUUAAGCUCCCACGGUCUAUAUGUCACGAUGAACAUCUUUUACCAAAAAAUACAUCCUGGAGAGUUCUGACGAGUAUCUCAGUUCUUAUAUUUCAUUACUUUCUCGGAGAGAAAAGCAAAAACAGCUUCCAUUCCAUAAAUACCUUUACAUUCUACUAAUUGGGUUUUUCUGUUCUAAAGGCCUUGAAACGGACCUUGUCUUUCAACAAGUUUAUUAAAGGUUACCAGGAACUUCUCUUCAGGAUUCAAAAGCGAUACGGUAUAAAAGAACCAACAACUGCACUGGAGUUUAACGAACUGAUGGAAUAUGUCGAGCGACUUAAUAGUGAGUCUGUUAUACUGGGAUGUGCUCUUUUGGUAAAACAUUUCGUUCUUUUUCAGCAGACAGUGUUUGUUGAGAGGUAAAACUGGGAAAAGCGCUUUUGAAAGAUUGUGGAAAAAUCUCCUAGUUUUGGUCUUAUUAUAUUUGUUAUCAGUAAAGCAGAUUCUAAAUAUGCUUGGCCUAAAUCGAGCGGCAUUCUGGUCCUCGAUAAGUUAAAUUCGUUGGCCAUAUUAUUAAUUGUCAGUUAAACUAGUAUUUAUUAAAAUUUUAGUUCUACAUCGUUAUCAGAUGUUCCAAUUUAGCGAUUUUAAAUUUUUAGACACGAUCAAAUGUUGUUUUUUUCGUUUUCUAAAGCAAGUAAUCAAUUUUUUUCGAGACAUUCUUUAUUAUUAUUAUUUUUGCAGAGUACGAAGUAGCAUUUGAUAAAUUUGCCACAAAUGGUGUCUUGCAAUAUAACGACAUCAAGGAGUUCUUCAAGUCUGUUGGCCAUACUCCGUCCCAAAAGGAAAUCGACGAUGCUAUUGAGCUUGUUACAAAAAGUAAGAGACCAUUUCAUGUAACGGGGGAGAGGGGGGGGGAAGGUUUACAGUAGAUGAUGUCAGAUGUACCGGUAAACAGGUGUUAUUGAAAAUCCGGAAUUACAACUGUUUGCCGUUGAGUCUUCUGAUCAUAAAGGAACUUAUGUUACACUGCUAACAGUAUAACACCUCUUUACGUCGCAUGGGACUCUAACCUCAGCUUUUCUUGUUUCCCUCAGUGUCUGCUAAAGGUCGUGCUCUGACCAAAGCUGAAGCAGUAGAGGUAUUAUUUCAGAUUUACGUUCCAAAAGGCACAAAAAUGAAAUUAUCUGACGUUCGUAAAUCUACUUGGCUAAAUCCACUGGACGAUGGAAGGGAUAUUAUGCAAAUGUUGUCUAAAAAAGACUUGGAACAAACCAACCUAUUGAAAUGUUUGGAAGUUGUGGCUGGUGCAGGAAAGGAGAGCGAUGAGAUUCAGGACUUGCUUCGACCAGGAUCAGCUGCGGCGAAACAAAACGACAAAAAACAACAAGGAAAGAAAAAAUCAACGGCAAAAGCACCCCGCAAAGCUAUCUUGGCCCAGUAUCCCAUGCGGCCGUCAACACCAACUACAAAAUCUCCUAGGCCUCCAUCGGCAAAAAAGCCCAGUAAAAGAUGAAAUUGGUAAUAACCCUGUUAACCCACGUGAGGGCAGAUUGACCAACACUUCAGACGUAAAGAAAUAACAUGAAUAUUGCUAAGAAUUUUUAACCCUCGGCAAGGCGUGGCGACGUUUCCCAUACUGGCAGUUCAGACAACUGCUUGUUCUGCCUUUCUCCUCGCCGCAACAUGCACUACGACGUCACAACCUGACUUUGGGACAUCCAAUUUUUCUCGA